ACAUUCUUGGAAAAAACCCUGUUCCAAAUCUCGUACCAAAGCUUCUCUUUUCAUCUUCGAAUCGAAACCAAGCCCUCAUCAUCAUCACACACAAACGUUGACGUUCCUUCUGUAAAUCCGGCAUCGUUGCUUCUACGUCUCUGCGAUCCUUCCCUGUUUCCUCUUCGCCGGAACUCUCACACGCUCUCGCAGAUUAGGGAAAAUGGCGAGGAUCAAACCUCAGGCUCUGCUACAGCAAAGCAAAAGGAAGAAGGGGCCGGCUCGCAUAAGUCCCAUGACUAUGAUGUUUUACGGCUUGAUUCUUGUCUUGGUUGUGUUUUUCCUUUAUGCUUCGUACAGACAUUGGUCCAACAGGUCGAGGUUUAACUCAGACAAUCAUUUGUCAGUCUCCGAGGGUGAUGCUUUUUUGGACGCAAGGAAAUCUGAUCUACCUGGAUAUGCUGUUGUAAAUACCUCUAAAGGCUCUAUAGUAAUAGAACUUCACAAGGAAAGCGCUCCUGAAGUUGUUGAUGAAUUCAUUGACUUAUGUCAAAAGGGGCACUUCAAGGGGAUGCUUUUUAAUCGAGUAAUUAAGCACUACGUGAUUCAGGCAGGGGAUGGCCAAGGAACAGGAACUACUGAAGAUUGGAGCUUGAGAGGAAAGCAAUCUACAAGUAUGAAACAUGAAGCAUUCAUGCUUGGAACUUCCAAGGGAAAGCACACCAACAAAGGAUUCAAUCUUUUCAUUACAACCGCACCGAUACCAGAUCUAAACGAGAAACUUGUUGUUUUUGGACAAGUGAUCAAGGGAGAGGAUGUUGUUCAGGAAAUCGAAGAAGUGGAUACCGAUGAACAUUACAAUCCAAAGAUAUCUAUUGGUAUACUUGACGUGACUCUCAGACAGAAGAUCUGAAGGCUCUCUGCUAGAUCAAGAGCAUAAUGAGAUCUCAUACUUUUCAUAUAACCUGGUUUGGUGCUCCGUUCAAAUCUUUUGUACAGGGAUGAUGAUCCUUGAGAAUUUCACAUGGGGGUAACAUGUAUCAAGUGUCUGAGCCUUGAUGUUUGUUUUAGCUAUUGCAUUCUUAGUUAUGAAUAGUAUCACAGAUUCACAGCGAUUAUGUGCAAUCUCAUUCUUCUUUACCUCUUUCUCUCACUACUAGUAUGCUUUUCUUUUUGAAAAAGAGGGUGGGCGGGGUUUUGUCUAGGCGGGGGUUUGCAACGUGCUUGUAAGGUUUGACUAGAUUACAUUUUCUUAUUUUCUCUAUAUUUUAACAUUACUCUUCAUUUGUAACCUCAAUGAGAUCACACGAUCAUCACCCUACGAACUUCAUUUACCUUUUCUGUUACUUUUGAUGGUCAAUUUGGUGGUGAGCCAGGAUGGUGAGCUUUGUAGCAUUUUCUGUAAUCAUAUUUCCGUUCUGGUGAUGAAAGCCAUAAGUCCACAACCAUAAACUACAAUAACUUGGAUGCUGGCUUCUAUAAUAUUUCUGUUUAAAA